UAGUCAAAGAUUUGUAACGAUAAACAAAUCAUCGUGAUAAUUUAUGUUUUUUAUCGUUAUGAUAAAAGUUGUUUGGAUAUAAACAAGUGAAUUCAAGAAGUGUAUCACAAUCGUUUACGGAACUAUCGUGACACACACUAUGUUAAAAUUUAUUUUAUUAGUAGUGUUUAUAAUAGUAGGAAGAGGAGAUGCUAAUGAGGGAUGGCUGGUGAACACAGAUCAGGGUCCUGUACGAGGAUACAAGGCGCCUGGUGAUGAUGUGUUUGUUUUUUAUGGAAUCCCAUACGCAACUGCCCCUACCGGUCCUAAUAAAUAUAAGGCACCACUUCCUGCUCCUACUUGGUCAGAGCCAUUUGAAGCAGUUAACAGAAAUAUUAUUUGCCCGCAAAUGAGUAAUGUUUACAUGGUACAUCAAAAUGGAAGUCAAGUCGAGGAUUGUUUGGUUGCAAAUAUUUAUGUACCUGGUACAAAGCAAGAUAACUUACCAGUUGUAGCCCAAGUCCACGGAGGUGGAUAUCAAAUUGGGUACGGCGAUUUUGCGACAGUGAAAAAUUUGAUGAAGGAGAAACCAAUGAUAAUUGUCAAUUUUAAUUAUCGUUUAGGACCUCACGGUUUUCUAUGUCUAGGCACGCCGGACGCACCGGGUAACGCCGGUAUGAAAGAUCAGGUAGCUUUACUUCGCUGGAUUCAGAGGAAUAUUGCUAACUUUGGUGGAAAUCCUAAAGAUGUAACCAUUAAUGGAGCCAGUGCUGGAGCAUCGGCAGUAGAUCUUCUCAUGCUUUCACCGACAACUAAAGGUUUAUUCAACAAAGUAAUACCUGAGAGUGGACCUAAUCUUGCAGCGUUUAGUGUUCAAGGAAAUCCAUUGGAAAAUGCUAAAAGAUACGCAAAGAUGCUAAACUUUACCGGAAAUGUUGACGAUAUUUAUAUUCUUGAAGAAUUUUAUAAAACGAUUUCUAAUGAGGUUUUGCAUUCCGGCAAUGUUCUAUUUGAAAAGGACUCGACUUUCAUUUUCACACCUUGUGUAGAACGCGAUGUAGGCGAAGAGAUGUUCCUUGAUGACUCUCCUUAUAAUAUAUUAAAGAAUGGACGACAACAUAAGGUACCCAUGCUUUAUGGAUUUGCAGAAAUGGAAGGAUUGAUCAGAAUAGCUUUAUAUGACAUGUGGAAAGAUGAUAUGAAUGUGAACUUUGCAGAUUACCUACCUGGCGAUUUACACUUUGAAACUGAAGCGGAAAGAAAAAAUGUGGCAGAAAAAGUAAAAAGGUUUUAUUUCGGACGAGAACCGAUUAAUGACGAAACCAUAUUUAGAUAUAUUGAUUAUUAUACCGAUGUUUUUUUCGCUUACGGUACUGUAAGAUCAGUGAGGUUGCAAGUGGAAUCUGGCAACAAUAACAUUUACUUAUACCAAUAUGACUUUGUUGACGACACAAUGCCUUACAUACCGCUCACGGAAUUACGCGGCGCCGAUCACUGCGCCCAGAGUGCUGGAAUUUUCGACGGCUCGUUGCAAGAACCUUCUGAGGAAAACCUUACUAAAGAUUUUAAGGGUAUGAAACAAAUCAUGAGAAAAAUGUGGGCUAAUUUUAUAACAACUGGGAAACCCAUACCAGAGGACUCUGAUCUACCGAACUGGCCGCCUGCUAAAGCUAACGGAGGUCCUCACAUGCGCAUUGACAAGUUCAUGAGACUGCGCGGACCACUACUACAGCAACGUGUUCUGUUUUGGGAUGAAAUUUAUGACAAAUAUUAUAAAUCUCCUUCUGCACCGCCUACACCACCACCAAAGCAAAAAUCUGAACUUUGAAUCAUAUUGAUUCUUCGAUAGCGUGCAGUGACUUUAUGGCUAUGGAUGGAUGAAAAGGCAAAUUGGUGAAGAAAAGAUAUUAUUUUUACGACUAAGACUGUAUUUUUAGAUGACAAGAGA